AUGAUCCCGAUGAUCCUAUAUGCCUCCGAAACAGGCAACGCCCAAGAUACGGCCGAACGCGUAGCUCGCGCUUUCCGAGCCAACAACCGCGCUGUCUCCUGCCUCCCCAUGGACGCCUUUCCCAUCUCCUCUCUCCCCCACACAUAUCUCCUGAUCCUUAUAACCUCUACUCACGGUCGGGGCGAUCCUCCGCCAGCUAUGCUCCCGCUAUGGAAAGCCAUGCUGAGGACGUCUCUGCCGGAAGAUAUUCUGGAGGAUGUGCAUUUUGCAGUCUUUGGCCUGGGGGACUCGAGUUAUGAGAGAUUUUGUUUUGCGGGAAAGAUGCUGCUGCGAAGGAUGGAGCAGCUGGGGGCUAAUAAGAUGAGCGAGCCGGCUUGGGGAGAUGAGCGGUCGCCCAACGGAAUUGAAGAUGCUUUUGUCCCAUGGCUCCAAGAGACAUUGGAUCUUUUCAUCCCCUACCUCCCUCCAGCGAAACUCGAAAUCACUUCCCCUCUACCAACGACUGAUCUGCCGCCCCCAAUAUACGCUCUGAAAAAGUACACCCAGCCUCCAGCCGAUGAUCUCGACCUCGAAGACAAAAUUCGCAACAAGGCUUCCGGCUCGCGGGUCAAGCCGGACGACUGGGUAUGGGCGACUUUGAAGAAGAACGAGAGGGUGACGAAUGAGCUUUGGUGGCAGGAUGUGAGAGACAUAGAGCUGGAGUUCGAAGAGGAGGAUGUGAAUGCCUAUCCGCCAGGAUCAAUAUGCUCCCUCCAACCUCAGUCAAGAGAAAGCGACGUCAAUUCGUUCCUCGAACUCAUGGACCUUGAAUCCCAAGCCGACGAUCUGUUCACUAUUGAAUCUCUCCUCCCUGAACAACCCCUGCCAGCGCACUUGCCUCCUGCCGGCACUCCAACAAGUAUCCGCUCCCUCCUGACAAACCACCUCGACAUCCAAUGUUGCCCCCGCAAAAGCUUCUUCGAAUGGCUCCGGCGGUUCUCCCCUGAAGAGCUAGAGAGAGAACGGCUGGACGAGUUUAUCGCUGAUCCUGACGAGAUCCAUACUUAUGCGACGAGACCGUCCCGGACAUUGGUGGAGACUCUGGCCGACUUUCGGUUUACCCGUAUCCCACUCUCUCAUCUUCUAGAAGCCUUACCUCCUCUUCGUCGCCGUCAAUUCUCCAUAGCAAGCUCCUACCAAGCCCAUCCAAACAAAGUCCAACUCCUAAUCGCCCUCGUCCAAUACAAAACCAACCUCUCCCUCCCGCGUGUCGGACUAUGCUCCUCCUGGCUCAGCUCUUCCCUAAAGCCUGGCAUGCAGGUCCCAAUCCAUAUUGCAGCGCCGACGUUAUUUUUGCCGGAGGAUAAGGAGGUGCCUUGUAUCUUUGUGGGACCGGGGACGGGGGUGGCGCCUAUGAGGGCUUUUGUGGAAGUGCGGGCGGAACAGGGGGCUUGUGAGAAUACUGCUCUCUAUUUCGGGUGUCGCUCCACGGAAUCCGACUAUUACUUUUCCUCCGAAUGGGACACUUAUCGCCAAAAAGGAAUUAGAGUCGAAGUGGCCGCGAGUAGAGAUCAAGAUGAAAAGGUGUAUGUGCAGCAUCUCAUCAAGCGAGAUAAAGUCAGAGUGAAGGAGUGGAUAGUGGAUCGGAAGGGGUGGUUGUUCAUCUCUGGAGCGUCGAACGCUAUGCCGAGAGAAGUGAGAGAAGCGGUAGCGUGGUGUAUCUCCGAAGAGGGUGCUGGGGACUUUACGGAGGAGGAGGCGAAGGAGUAUGUUGAGCGGAUGUUUGAGGACAAGAGAGGUGGGGAGGAAAGUUGGUAG